GGAGCGAGGCGGGGAGCGGCGCAGCCCGCAGCAGCAUGACUGCCAUCGGAGUGCAGGCCCAGAGGCCGCUGGGCCAAAGGAAGCCCCACCGGUCCUUCUUCGAGUCCUUCAUCCGGACCCUCAUCAUCGUGUGUGCUGCCCUGGCAGUGGUCCUCUCUUCGGUCUCCAUCUGUGACGGUCACUGGCUCCUGGCUGAGGACCGUCUCUUUGGGCUAUGGCACUUCUGCACCAGCUCCAACCAGACUGGGCCACACUGCUUCCGAGACCUGAGUCAGGCCGGCGUGCCGGGGCUGGCCGUGGGCAUGGUCCUGGCCCGCAGCGUGGGCGCCUUGGCCGUGGUGGCUGCCAUUUUUGGCUUGGAGUUCCUCAUGGUGUCCCAGGUGUGUGAGGACCUCCACUCACGGCGCAAGUGGGCGCUGGGCUGCGUCUUCCUCCUCGGCUCGUUUGUCCUGUCCUCGGCGGGGCUCCUGAGCUUUGCGAUCCCCCUCAGGAACCAAGUCACGCUCACCGGCUUCACCCUGACGUUCUGGUGCCAGUUCACCGCCUCCUUCCUCCUGUUCUUGAAUGCCGUCAGUGGCCUCCACACCAACAGCAUCACCCGCCCCUGGGGCCCACUCGGGAAGUUUUAG